AUGGAGUCUAUUCUCCUUACCAUAGAAGUGGCGACUGAAGCCGCGCAAAAAGAAGAACUCCCGGAGCAUUGGCGCAUAAAGCUGCUAGACGCGACUACCAAUCUUGUCACUGCGUUACAAAAACCGAAGGAUGUUCUUGUGAGAGAAGCCUUUUGGCUGGGCAGGUUCAUGGCCAUGCGAGUGUUGCACCAACUGGGCGUGUUCCGCAAGAUAGUCGAAAAAGGCAGUGUGACAUCCGCAGAACUGGCUAAAGACAGUCAGGCUGAUCAGCUUCUACUUGAGCGUUUUCUUCGAGUCAUGACUGCCAGUGGCUAUGUCACUGAGCUGGAUGACACGACCUAUGGUCCAAAUAAGCUGACUACAGCACUCGUUGACAGGCAUAUGGAGGGCAUGGUUGAGGCAAUCUUUGAUAUGGGGAUAAAGACCAUGGCCAUGAUGCCCGACUUUCUGGCGAAAACAGGGUACAAGAACCCUGACGACCAAUUCCAUGGCCCAUUACAAUAUCGUUACGAAAGUCCAGGUCAGGAUUUCUUUAGUAUCCUGAUUGCUCGACCAGCUCUCCUUGAAGCCUUUACCUCUUUCUUCGAAGGCGAUAAGGUGGGGAAGCCAGACUGGGUAGACUGGUUUCCAGUCAAGGAGAGGCUUCUCGAUGACCCAACCAUAUCGCUGGAGAAGAACGGAGUUCUGUUCGUGGAUGUUGCUGGUGGCCGGGGCCAAGAUCUCCUCGCAUUCAAGCGAAGGUUUCCUGAGUAUCCGGGCAAGUACCAUCUCUUCGAUCAGCCUCAUAUUGUGCGAGAUCACACUCUGGACCUUGGUGACCGCGUUGAAAAAAUAAGCUUCAACUUCUUCCAAGAUCAAGUCACACCAGGAGCCCGUCUAUACUAUAUGAAGUUCAUUAUGCAUGAUUGGUCGGACGAGAAAUGUCUGCUCAUCUUAUCGAAUGUGACAACGUCGAUGAAGAAGGGCUUUUCGCAACUGAUCAUCGAAGACUAUAUCCUUCCCACAACAGGGACAACCACAUUGCCGGCCAUUUGGGAUAUGCAAAUGAUGACUUAUUUGGCGGCUAUGGAGCGGACUGAGAAGCAGUGGCGAGCGCUGUUGGGUAAAGCGGGAUUGUCGAUUGAGGGGUUCUACCAACCGCCACAUGAUGGGACUGGAAUAAUAGUUACCGAACUGAAGCAAUGA